GGGUGCCAUGUUGUGGACAUUGGACAUGGAUGAUGUCAAGGGCACUUUCUGUGGUGCUGGCCCUUUUCCCCUUGUCUACACAUUGAAUGACCUCCUGGUGCAGGCUGAGUUCAGCUCAACUCCUUUACCACAAUUUUGGUUCUCAUGUGCUAUGAAUUCUUCAAUACCUGGCUCUGGAAAGCUGACUGUGACAAAGGCACUGACCACUGAUGUUAAGAUUUUACCCCCAGGAGGAGAGGCUAUGGCCACUGAGGUCCAGGGAAAGUAUGAAAAUGUGACUGCAGUCCCUAGUGGUGGCAUCCUGACCCCUGGAAAGGAAACAUCAUCCCUUGGAAAGCAUCCUGUAACUAAGGCUCCUGGGGCAAAACAUAUCACCUCAGUGGACCAUCUGUCUGUGACCACUGCAGGCACAGUGGUGGCCCCUGUGCAUAUUCAGACAGAGACCCCUGUGAAGAAGAGCGUAACCACUGUGAGUCCUCAGCCUGUGACCUCUAGAGGGAUGACUGUUGCCAUUGUGCAUCUUCAGAAGACCAGCAGGAAGAUGAUAGUGGCUCCUAGAAGGAAGACUAUGACUCUCCAAAAGGUCACUGUCCCCUCCAGAAAGAUGUCAGUCACCCCUGAUGAGCAGAAUAUGACUCUACAAAGGGAGAAUUUGACUUUUGAGGGGGAAGACUGACUCCUCUCUCCCAAAGAGUGGCUACAAUUGUCUUCAGAUGGAAGCAGGAUUCUGGACUCUAGCCCUAUCAUCCUGCUGCUAAGUUGCACCACUCACGCUUUUGAAAACCACUUUAUUUUUCCCAAAGAUGGCAACCAGUCCUCUGCCAACGCAAUGACCCUUCCAACAAGUCCUCUGUCUCUAAAAACAAAAAACGCAGAAGACUCUGCUGUGGCAGAUCCUGGGAA